UAGGCCCAACCUGCCGGACACCGGUCGGGACAGUACAACUACUAGGCCCAGUCUGGCCACCAGUUCUAUGAGUCAGUCGAGUUUCAGUUUUCGAAGAGUAAACUUCUAGAAAUGUUUAAAAAAUAGAGCUUCUCACGUUAAGUUAGUAUUUAAUCAAAAUGCAGUUAACAGCAGUUUCAUCAAGUUACAUUCAACCUAGCAGUACUGAGAGCAUGAAGAGUCCUCUGGAGAUGCUUGCUAAUACUUGUAAUAAACUAGAGACAGAGAUGCUUUCAUCUAAACCAUCUCCAUUCCUUCCUGAGUCCAGGAAUCCACCAUCUCCUCCCACCCGCUCCCUUCUCCCCUCCCCCUCCCAAUCCAUCUCUCCAGGAUCCUCUGCUCCCUACAGAGGAGCUGUAUCUACUGUUCCAAUGUACACCCCUGCUCCCACUUCUCACCUCCCAGUUCGAACAGCUCCUACUCGAAGCUCCCUAGACGCCCUACCGCUCCAGAAAGUGUCUCCCAGAGCAUCUCCAUUAGGCUCCAUAUAUGCAUCUACAAGCCUCAAACUAGAGCCUCUGUCUUUAGUGUCUAGUUCACGUAUAUCUCCCUCUAGCUCCCAACCUCAACCACCUAAAGACCUAAAAGCUCCCAAAAGACCUGAAAUUGGAGCCCUAAAAGUGAAAUCAGCGGAGUCCCUCUCCCCUCGGACAAGUUCUCCCAAGAACUCUUCCUCCCCCUACUCGUCCUCAUCACCUAAACUACCAGCAUCGUCCCCCCGUUUAUCCAACUCGUCUCCUCGACCCCCCUCCGGUCUAUCAGGUCCUUUCCCCGGACUACCGGGACUACCAAUGAGUAGCUACGGACUAACUGCACACCUCUAUGGGCAACCAGUGACAAGUAUGGCUGGACUACAAGCUCUCCAGUAUUCCCAGUAUCUAGCUCAGGGUUCUGCUCCUCCCCCCUGUACUGAUCCUCUCUGCCGAGAUCCAUCCUGUCCUACCUUUGCUCUCAGAUCCGCCCAGGCUCAGUAUUUGUCUCAGUCUCUAGGAUAUGGAUAUCCUGGUAUCCCAGUUAGUCUUCCUCUUGGCUACCCUUCUCCCUAUCCAAUGCUCCAACCUGGAUUCCCUGGAUUCCCUGGGCUCCCGUACACCCCUCCCUACCUCCAAGGGCUCCCACAAGCCACUCAGGAGGCUCCAGGAGCACCUCCUCCUUCCACCUCCGCUCCUACCGGAUCCUCACCCUUCUCCUGCAACUGGAUGCAGGGGAAGGAGUUCUGUGGCAGGAGGUUUAACUCUAGCGAGGAGCUGAUGGGACACCUUCGCUCCCAUACCUCACCCAUUCAUGCUCCAACCAGCUCCAGUGCUCUAGCUGUUCUUCAAGCUCAGGCCGCAGCACUAAGGAGCCAACCCUCUCCUUCUCAGGGUUCUCCUCGCUCUAAUUCUCGCUCCACACCUUCAGCUAGUCCUCCUACCUCGGAGUCAAGAUAUCAUCCUUACUCCAGAUCUCCGGCCGGUCCUCCUCCUCCUCACCAUCCCUCUCUCCCUCCUCAUCUCACCACCCUCCCACCUCAUCUCUCCUCCCUCCCUCCUCAUCUUUCUCAAACUCUUCCGCCACACUUUGCAGGUCUUCCGCCUCAUCCAUCCGGUCUUCCGGCCCACCUACUCUCCUCUCUAUAUGGAGCUCCUCGUCCUAUCCUUCCCGUUCUUCCGUAAACAAAGUUCCUGAUUCAAUCUUUUCUACCUCUAAACCUGAGCUUCUAUAUAAACCUUUCAGAUAAAUCUAAGUGAUAAAAACUAAAGCAUUAAACACUGAUAUUUUGAACAAUGAGUUAUCCUACAGUAAUUUGCGAUCCUUCGCAUCUUUGUUGAUCCUACAUAACUCUUCUUAAUCCUUCUCAACUACUGAGGAUCCUUCAAAACUACUCAGAAUCCUCAAAAACUGUCCAGGAUCCUUUUAAAGUUCUCCGGGAUUCUUUUAAACUAUUGUGGAUCCUGCUUAAUUCCCCUGAUCCCUAAAUAUGUCCCUUGAUCCUCUCCAAGAAGCAUUCGCUUGUUGAACGUUGUUAUGUCGGCCCCCCGCUGGUUCUAGAUAGAUAGAUGGACAGAUAGAAGACAGAUAGAUAGAUAGCUGACAUUUUACAGAUUGCUGGAACCCGAGACCAUGAUUCAUUCUGUCAAUUCCAUUCUCCAGCCAUCCUUCAAGACAGGGAGUAAACCAAAACCUAGAACCGGAGUAAACCAAACCUAGAACAUUCAACCUAGUCCGAAGUACACCAAACCUGGAACGUUUCUCUGAAAGAUCAGCUCCUAAUCCUCCAUUUUGUAAAACAAAUGAAGCAACCUGAUUUAACCUUGGUUCUAACCAAUCUACAAUAUCAUAUUCUAUCUUCUAACAUGUGUUCACUAAACACUCAACGGAAAUCAUCAAAUUUUGACCGAGUAACCAAACCAAACAAUGGUAUUGAAAUCCGCCAAGAAGAAAAAUCCCGAAAUCCGCGAAUUAGUGUAGUGUGUGUACAGUGUACAGGGACCGGGCCGGCAUGUCUUAGCUAAUGAGUUUUCUGUCCACGGUAAUAUGAAACCUAUCAUUAGUGAUAGAUGAUAGAACACGGCUAGAGGGGCAACUUGGGGACGUACAUAAGGAGACAUAAACUAAAUCAAGAAAAUCAAUCCAAAGAUCAAUUUUAAAAUCAACGUAUCAAAGAAGAAUGGAGUUAACAAAAGAAUAUUAUUAACUGUAUAAAUGGCUGUGCUUAUUUCUUAAAUAAAAAUUUUAAAAUAUA